UUUCACCACCACGAUCUCAGGCUCGAGCACACAUAUCAGCUCCUCCUUCCUUUCUUCCUUCAUCUUCUUCCCUUCUUCCUUCUUUAAUUAUUACUGCUGGCUCGCUGGCCGAGAUGUCUGCCUCAUUCACCUCACGAAAGUUCCGCUCGGGUCCCCCCGCUGCUCUUCGUAUCGACUUACCCUCACAACCAGAGGAAAUCGCCAUUGCUCUCGGAGACUCGUCUGCCACCUCCUCCGCUACCUCAGAGACAGAUCCAUCACCUUUUCCUACCCUUCAAAAGCCCAAGUCCUUGAGGAAUAUGAAGAACCUUUCCCUGAAUACUCUUUCUGCGCGUUCCUCCACCCUCUCUCUUAAAAUUCCCCCAGUGCCACAGAGUUCAGGAAGUUCUCCUCUUCCACAGCAGCCUGUCUCACAAGUUCGUGCUCGUCGACCUUCAAUCGUUUCUCUCCCGCCCUCUACCGGUACAACCCGUCUUUUCCGGAAGGAGGAAGAUAGUGGAUCACCGACCGCAUCAUAUGCAGAUGGGCCUGUGCAGAUCUUACCAGGUAUAUGGUUGGGUUCCGAAGAUAAUGCUCGCAACAUUCCCAUGCUACUUGAACAAGGCAUCAAGUCCAUCCUCAACGUAGCGAAGGAGGUCGCAUCCCCGUUCGAACCCCCUUCACAGCAACUUAGAUCAACCGUAUCCACCCCAAAUCUUGCUCGGGCGUCCAAAUCCGAAUCUACGUAUUACCCGCCACAUAUCCCUUCAGGAAGACCAGGCAUGCAUUACCUCAAGUUGCAGUGGUCGCAUGGUCAGCAUGACCUUGUGGCAGAUGGGUUUCCAUCUGCCAUGGAAUUCACUGAUGCCGCACUGAAGAGGGGUGAAGGUGUGUUGAUACACUGUCAAUGUGGUGUUUCACGCUCUGCAACACUUGUGAUCGCUAUUGUAAUGCGCGCAGCCGCAGAGCGGUCUCCGUCCGUUCCUUCCGAAGUUUGGGCGCUCAAGGGUAUGCAAGGCGCAUAUGACUUCGUCAAGGAGAAGAGCAAGACGAUUGGUCCCAAUAUGUCUCUGAUCUAUCAGCUUCUGGAAUAUGAGAAAAAGUUGGGAGGCGAUUGCGGCUCUCCCUAUUCUGAUAGGUCGUCCAUUAUUGCUGCAGAGGAAGAAGAGUGGGGUCGGCAGCGACGGUUGCUGGAUGAGGCGGAAUCAGAUAUGGAAGGAGACGAGAGACAGAGCUCUAUAAUCAUGCAAGAGGCACAAGCUCUUGACAAAGCCAUGGAAGAGAGGAUAAUAGCUCGCAAAGCAUCAGCGUCCUCGAUAGGUUCCGCGUCAACUGGUAUCGGGAUGGGUGCUGCUUGGAGAAGCCGUUUUGGUACUUCGAGAAAGCGCGCAGGGUCGAUAGCGAGUAAUGGGAGCAUUCUGAGCGAAGACCUGGUUGAAGAAGACGAAGAACAGGCUCUUUUGGGGGUUGGAGAUGACUUUGAGGAAGACGGGGCUCGGGAGCUUUCGUCGCCGACGAACUCCCCCGAGGAGGAACCUGAGAAUGUUACCUAUGCUCCAUCUGGUCCCAAGUACAAUUUUACACCUACCACUGCGCGUCCUCCUUGGCCUGCACGUCCUCCUCCUUCGGCGCCAGUGUGGAAGACGUCUUUCAAUCUUCCACCCCCAUCCACUGCCAUUCGAUCGACGUUUGAUCUUACCCCUAGACCCAAAAGACGGCCUACCCCCCUUGGUACCAUACCACCGUCACCACCCAUUGCCAUCCUCAUCGAAGGCCAAUCUGACCCCGAAUCAUUCAAAAUAUCACCGCAAGGACAUAGCUCCUCUUUGGUCGAAGAUCCGCCACCAAUACGGAAGCAUGUCACAUCCAUUGGUAAAAUUCCACGUCGUCGGACCGAGUCUGGUAAACCCGCCCCACCACCCCUUCAUUUACGCAACGUAUCCAAGGUUUUACCCUCUCCUUCCAUAACCACCCCAUCACAGACGCUGUUCGUCUUCCCUCCCUCUCCGACUCUCACUACCCGCACGCCUUCUACCAUGACCCUCACAUCCAAUUUACAAAGCCGUGUUCCCUUCCCUUCAGUGAGUACACCGCGGAUAUCUAGUUUUCGUGCGGACGGCCGGACGAGGUCCUUUAUUGGCCUUGGAGUACCACCCACGCCCACUACCGCUUUUUCCAGAGUCGACGCCAGAGGUUUUGUUGCCCUGGAAUAG